AUGAGCAGAGGCGUGGAAGACUUCUGGACAUCAACACUGAAAGAGACCACUCCCUUUGUUUCUACUGCUCUUGUCAUCCCUUCUGGACCAAAAGAAUGCCGGGGUCAUCAGGCAACGAGGAACCUAGGUGAUGCUGUCGACAACAGCGAAAAUGGCAAAAUGUCAGCUGGACCGACCGUGCUUCAUCGAGCGGUCCAGACUGGAAAUAGUAAAGUUGUGUGCCUUUUACUCGAGCAUAACGCAGACUGCAAUUCGAGAGACAAUACUGGUUUGACACCUCUGUUGUGUGCGGUAAUCGGAGGCCAUGAAGAAGUGUUAGAAGUAUUGCUAUCCCAUGGGGCCCGUCUAGGAUAUGUCGAUAAUGCUCAUUGGUCAGCUCUUCACUGGGCUGUGUUCCAUAGUCGUCACAGAAUACUGGAGCGGCUUCUGAGAUGUUGCGACGGGGAUGCUUCAUUGCUCAACAUACGAAACAAGGACGGAGAAACACCGCUAUCAAUCGCAGUCAGCGCGGGAAGCGAGGUGGCCGUGAAGCUGCUACUAGAAUUCGGGGCUACGGUCAACACAGAGUGA